CCAUGGCCAGACGGAAAAAAGAGGGGACGUAACUUUUGAGUUCCUUAACCGGAAGUUUGUGAAACAGUGAUGGCGGUCUUUUUGACAACAAGCGUUUAACUGGAUAUUUUUCAAAAGACAAUUCUUCUUCAUUGAAAAUGACUGACUUUAAUAGACCAAAAUCAUCAAAGGAUUUCCUGAAUGCAUUUGAGGAACUAUACCAAAGAAGUCCGAUUCCACUGCAUAAUGUUGUUAUGCAGCAGAGUCCAGCACCUCUUGCCAUUGCAGUUCAGCAUACUAACAUCAUAGCCUUUUUUGAUCAGAUGAAACUGCGUAGAAGUACUUCCCUCUCCAUGUCCUCAGAUUUGAACACAACAUCAGCGACAACAACAGAUGCCUCUAGUGGGGAGACUACAAGACAAGCGCUUGACUUACAAGAUAAAGCAGAAGAGCUACAGAAAGCAAAGGACAAAAGGAACAUUAGCUCAGAAACGGAUGGACCAAGACCUUUACAAGAAGCAUCCUAUUCUGCCAAACAUAACCUGUCACCUUGUCCACCAGCUUUGCAAGCCCAGCACAACUUAACAAGGCACAAGACAGGACAGACUCCAGCUGUGCAAGUAGAAAAGACUUUGCUCAGAGGAUCUCCAAGAAGAAUAUCUGUUCAAAGAACAGCAGAUUGUGGCAGUAGCAGUGGUAGUGAUGAUGAUACUUUGUUGAAGACAAAAAGAUGUCAACAAGAACAUGUGCCUAAAAUGAAUGAAAUGAAACUUGUGAAUGGCAGCCAAAUUCUCAAGCACCCAGUAGCAAGAGUAGAAACUUUGAGGCCUAGAAACAAGCAUGUGGACAUCAAAAAUAAUAAAGGAUUCUGCAACAAACAGCAGUAGUGGAGAUCAUAAGAAGGGAGAUGAGGCUUCAUCUCUGACAACUACACUGGGUGCCCUGGAAAGCUGUAGACCUCAGGGUUUGCUCAACAAUUCUCCCAGAAAUUCAGUGCAGCAUUACACUCAGUCUCAGCAGGAAGCUUUAUUUUGUGAUAAGAGCCCAUCAAAGAUACAGGAAAGCACCAGACAAAGAGAGAAGACACAAAAGGUCAGAGGUGACAUAUGUCCCCAGCCUUUAUCACAACCUUGUUCACAGGAGGAACCACUUGUAAAUUCUUUUGUCUAUAGUCCCAGCAACCCUGACUUACCUACAGCAAAUCUUGUGAAAACUAGUUCUUUUUUGUCAGUUGAUGCUAACAAAGCUGAUAAAAAGGCUGAUGAAGAGACUUUGCAAUUAGUGAGCAAGCUAGUGCAGCGGCUGCGCUCAACUUCAGAUUCUGACUUGGACGACACUUUUGGUGAAGGGCCUGGGUGGAUGGAAACUCCUCCCUUAAAGACUAAAUCCAAAUCAUCCAUUACUUCAACACAGGUAGUGAGAAAAGUAAACCAUCCUUCAUCAGGAAGAACUGCAAACAUUGAGGAGCAGGAAACACAUAAUCAAACAGCUGGUACUAGUCAGAAGGUGAGAAAAGUAAGCCAUCCUUCAUCAGAAAAGUCUGCAAACACUGAAAACACUUCUACAGGACAGUCUUCACAAAGGCCAGAAGCAAGGAGCAAGUUGAAAAAGGAUAUGUUGGCAAAAGAAACAAAUACCUUAAAAGGGGGAAAGGGAAGUCUUCAGAGCAACCCUAAAACAGAACGCAGUAAACUGCGAAUUGUUGGGAAAAUGCAGUGGUCUUUAAGACCUAGGCAAGGAUCUAUUGCUGCUGCUGAUGUACAGGCCAAAAGCAAACAUAGUCAGUGCCAGAAGAACAUAUCCAGCUUAGAUUUAGAAAAGCCCAAAGAAGAAGACAAUGUGGAGGAUGAUGCUGUCUUUGCUUUCAAGAAGCUUGACAACAAAAAGGGCGAGUUUAAAGCAACAGCACAGACUGCUUCUGAGAAGACAAACAACACCAAAAGCAUCCAGUUAGAAACAGAAAAAAAUAGUCAGUCAGACCUUUUGACGCUGCGUUCCUGGUCUUUGCAACCAGUGCCAAAGCUGGGAGGUGUGCGUGUGGAAGGAAAACUUCCGAAUGCGGAUUACUAUUGGUGUACUUCAUUGAUCAGUAAACGUAUCAAUGGUCGUGUGUUACAGUCAGCAAAUGGUUCUACAUACUUUUUGUUGGGCAAUCAGGCAAAACGCAGCACAUUGACUGCCGGAUUCUCUAAGGAUGUUGCAAAUGCCUUUAGGUAUGGAUUUCCAGAGAACUGGAAGGAACGUAUUCUAGCUGACAUGGAAACAAUGAGCCCAGGUAAAACAGAGACCAAGACAAAUAAAAGAGCAAAAGAAGGCCUGACCAACUUCAAUGUCAGCACUAACUGUGAUUCAGCUGGACCAGUGACUGCUUAUAAGCAAAUGUUCUCGCCACAAUCCACUAAGAAGGAUCUGUCAGAACAAACUGCUAUUUGGACACCAAGUGGUGUUAUUUCUCGUGAGUUGGGAGCCAGUGAGGUUCGGCGCACUCGCAGUGGACGGUGUGUGAUUCCACCUUUGGCUCGUUGGGCAGGGCAGUAUUCAGAAAGGGAUGCAGAUGGAAAUGUCACAAUAGGAUUUUCCUCCCUUGCUGCAGAGAAGCACUUUGCCAAGAUAGCUGAAAUGUGUGUUAAUUCAGGAAGAAAAGAACACAGUGAUUUGUCUUCUAGUCAAAAAGCUAGAAGCGUUGGUGUGAAGGAAAACGUAACAAGGACAGCUCCCAAAACGACCAGCAGGUGCCAUCGACCGGAGAAAAGCGCUGAUCAGCCAUAUGCUGUCAAGGGAAGACUUCAUUCAUCUAGCAGCUCUUCAGGCUCUGAUACAUCUGAGGAGGCAGUGCCUGAUGUUUCUGUGAAAGACACCUUUAACAAAAGAAAAAACAGACAACAAAGAGAAUGUGUCAUAACUAACAGUGCGAAGUCGCCACUCAAACAGAGAAUUGACUGUGUUGAUGGUCUAACCUUACCUGUGGACACUGAAGGUGCUGGAGAGUCUGAAGUUGAUGUUGAUAACAUGGAAAGCGAUCUUCUGGCACUUGUAAAGAACUCAACCAAAAUGCGCAAAAAAAAGUUCAGGGAAAAAAGAGCUACAUGCUACUCUCAGAUCAUUCGGGAUAACAGAUACUGUAGAUCGCAGAAAAGCCCCUUUGAGCUAUCAGAUGAUGAAGAGAAUAGAACAGCCAAGACAUCUAAACAUUCAGACAUGCAAUCAUGUCUUGCAGAUUUCCAGGUGGGUUCAGCAAGGUCAUCUAAAGAUUCUGGGGAAAAUGAAAGCAGUCAUUUUCAAGACUCUCCUAGUAGCAAACAUAGUGUUAUGAAAAUACAUGCAGAGCCAUCUGUACAGCCAGUAUUGAGAAAAUCAAAUCCGGAAAGAAAGACAAGUGCGCAGCAUUCAUUCACUUCACAGAAAACUAAUCAGUAUGUUUUAGGAAGAGAUGAAAUCAUAUUUCAUAAAGCUUUUUCUUCUGCUGGUGAAAAUGAUCAUGAUAAGACGGUUGGCAAUGACAAGAACAUUGUCGGAAAUCAUCAGUCUCAUCGGCUUAGUCCCACUUGUAGCAAUACAAGUGCUUCUCCAAAACUAAGGUCUAGAAGAAAAAGAAGCCAAGUUAAAGGGUACAAAAAAGAUCAGGAUGUGAAUCCAGCUCAGACAUGUGGAAUUCAGAGAGGAGAGAAAGCCACAACAAAUCCUGAUGAAAUAGUAACAGAAGAUGAAGAUACAUUUGACUCAGACAGAUCGAGCCCAGAAUAUGUAAGCCUUCAAAAGACAGAUAGAAAAUACUUACGCAUAGAGAGCAGAACUAAGAGAAAAAGGAGGAAAGCCAUUUCAGAAUCCUCAUCUGAGGAUGAAACUGAUGAAGAAACUGUGACAAAAUUAUCUCGCAGGAAGAGGAGUAAAACAGCUGAACCUGAAAGAUGUCCGAACACCAGAAGCCAUACCCAAUGGACUCUUGGUCAAAAGACCUCCAAUAAUAUUUCUACCCAAGAACAAAUUUCUAAGCUCCCUUGGUCAGCACAGUCACCGUGUGCCACAACAAGAAGACUCAGAAAAAGAUCAAUUAAUGAAGAAAAUGGAAAAGUAAGUGCAGAAUUCAGUAAGCCUGGAAUGCAAAUCCAGAGAAGUUUGAAACAGAAAAGAAUUACUGGCAAGUCAAACAACAGCAGCUGUGAAGAUUCAGAUGGAGAGACACCUAACAGACAUCAAGAAGAUAAAGGAGUAAAGCAGUCAUGUGAUAAUACUGUAGAGAAUGGUAAUGCUGCCUUUGUUGUUGGUGCAGCAAGUGAAGAAGAAGCAAGUUGUUCUCAGAAUAAUCAAAACAACAGCAACAAUGACAAUGUAAUUGAUCUGCAAGACAGAAAAAAUACAAGAAAGCGAGGACGGAUGGACGAGACUGACUUCAGCAGCAUUAAAAAGUCUCAGAGAUGGCAUAAGCAGGAAAUAGAGCGACUUCAUAAAGCCUUGAAGGAGAUCAGAAGUGAUACUGACCACUACUGGGAAGCAGUGAGUCGUCAUGUAGGUUCCAGAACGGCAGAGGAAUGUGCAGCCCAAUGCUUGCAAGACAUACCAAAUACCAAGAAAGCAUCUGACAAGUCACUUAAGGCCAGCAAUGCUCAGAAAGGUGGAGGUUUCCCAAUAUUGCAAGCAACCAAGGGCACUUUGAAGAGAAAACAGGAAUUACGAGCAAUGCUUGAAUGUAACAGCUACAAUACUGUUGAUGACAUUUUUUCAUCUACUCCCUUCAAACACCUGAGUAAGAAGAAGGUACCUUUAGUAGAUUUUGAAAAAACAGAUGAAGAAGUGUUUGGUAAAAAUCCAAACUUCUUUACACCACGUGACUCACAAAAAUGCAAAGGUGGCUUUAGUAAAACACCAGCCUCGACUCGGAAAACUCCCAGCAUUAGUGGCAUCUUGUCGCCUCUUAUUGAGAAAGGCAGCCCUCGCAGGAGAGUGGCUGAUCAGUAUGUCUUCCGCAUGCAGAAAAAUCGGCGCCGACUUGCCAAAGAUUUUCCUAACCAGAAGCGUGCAGAAUCAGCCAGUCAAUCUGCUCUUCCUGGGCAGUCUCCUGCCACACGUCUUUUUCACAAGACACAAUCUUCAGAUUUGUUCACCAUCACUGAGACCACCAAUAGCAGUGAUGAAGAUGAAGAAAAGGACUAUUAUUAUUCAGAUUCUGACUGAAUUACUUGAGCAUGAUAAUAAAAUUGUAUUUCAUGAUUUCUAACAAGCUGGAAAAGAUAGAAGAGCAUGGUAGAAAACCUCAGUUCAAAAAUAACACCAUUUGUUUGCCACAAAAUCUAUUUAUAAACUGACAUAAUGAGGAAGACUGGAAUACCAUUGUUAUGUUUUGCACUUGUUUUCUUUUGUUAUGCCUUUACUGCCAGAUGUCAUGAUCUGCACUUGUAGAUAAACUUUAAAUAUAUUCUGGAUUUUAAUCACUUGAACGACUACUAUGUGUUUAUUUUUAGGCUGCUUAGGCUUCUUAUGCUUUGCAAAUAUUGUAUAUAUGGCAAAAAUGGUUUAAAAUAUCUAGCAAGAAUAAAAAUGCCUAACAAAAUCUUGUUGAUAAUAUCAUUGAAGGAUUUAUCAUUUGCCCUCCAUUUUAAAAUGUGCCAUGUCUGUUUAAUACACCUAAAAGAUGAUGUUUAUGUAGCCUUUAUUUUGUACUUGAAUGUUCUGUGUUAUAAUUUCUUCAACUUUCAUGAAGAUUCAUAAAAGCAGCCUUAUCUUCUCCAAGCUUUCUGCAUUGGCUCUCGGAUUUUGUAGGGUUGGAGGGGGGGGGGGGGAAUUUGUGCUGACAAACUGCUUGUUGGUUUAUUCCUGAGACGGGAGGAUGCAGCAGCUAUUUUUCUGGACAUGUUACCUUUUUUAAAUUAGCCGGAAAAAUGUAUAAAUCUUCUCAUCAAAGAUGUUGCUGACGAGGUCAGAGUAUAUGGUGCUGUUUGAUGCUUAGGGUGCAAGUUUAUAUUUUUAAUUUAAGGGAUAGCAAAAGACUAGUGCUGUAAGUAUCAUCAUGAUAUCCAGGCUUCAUUAGUAUAUUUGAGAAUGGGUCAAGGUCAUUUGAAAUAACCAUACUAAAGUUUGAUGUCAUAGCCAUGAGGAUUAUAAGCAGUUGCCUUAUAGAUAUAUUCACCUCAACACUUGCUUUGGGAAUGGUUCCUGUACAGUCUAGCUUGCACCACAAUCACUUUGCUGGCUACUGUGGCCAUAAUGAAUGUGGACCUGCAGGCAUAUUCCAUGAUCAGCAUUUUACAACUGCCAGUGUAGUUUGUUCUUGGACAGACACUUUAGAGCAGGCAUGUCAAAGGUGGCCCUUUGCAAGCACGUGCAGCCCCUCACAAAGGACACUGUACGUGUGUACGGCCCUCAUGACAACACAAAUGUGACCCUUGGGAGACCCUUAGUUUGACAGCCCUGCCUUAUAGGAUUUUAAUGCUGUGUGCUAAUUAGGAGCAAGAACUUAGAAACUGAAGUCUUUGCUCUGUCUUACCAAGGAAUGUGAAAUCUCACGCUAGGGAAACCUUUUUUUUUUUUUAAUGCAAAUGCUAAUUUGUGUCCUAGCUUAGCUAUGUUUCCUGAAAACUCUAUUGGCCAGGAUACGAAAAUUACUUACUCAUAAAUAUAAACGCCUAUGAGACAUUGGUUGAAUAGUAGGAUUACAUCUAAGGGCGUUAGUUUGACAUUUUCUCAAGAAAUAGUUAAAUAUGAAAAUACUGGGAGUUCAGUAGGUCACACAAUAAAGAAAAUUUGAAUAAUUGCUUUUUACUGCAGUUAUAACUGGUAACAACUGACUGGUUGCAAAUAAAGCAGCAGAAGUGACUACCAGUG